GUGUGCGUGGAGAGAGUCCACGGAGAAUUGGGCGUGGGUGCUCGGUAGUCAAAUCAAAGAAGCGCGACGCCCAAACUUCACUCCACGGGGGACUCGUCUGUGAGAGACAGCUAGGUAACGCCGUAAUUUAGCGAUUUUUUUUUUGUGUGCGUGUGACUAAAGCACCUGUGAGCCAUGGAAGGAGAGGCACCUCACGCCGAGGUAUCCCAGGCCGAGGCCGGCAGCGUGUCGGGCAGCACACGCACACUCCCGCAGCAGGCCACCGAGAACACGGAGCUCCUCAUCCCGGGCAGCAGCACGCCGUCGGCCCCGUCCUCGCCCAGCCCGAGCGGCACUCUCUCCCGACUGGGCUUCAAAAGCCCCACCAGCCCCACCGCCCCCGCCAGCCCCGGCGCUGGCGGCCCGGUGAGCGCCAUCACGGUCGUGGCCCUGCUGGAUAAGCUGGUCAACAUGAUGGAGGCGGUGCAGGACAACCAGCAGCGCAUGGAGCAGCGGCAGGCCGACCUGGAGGGCGCCGUGCGGGUCGUGCAGGGCGACGUGACUCGCCUGUCCAAGGCGCACAUGGGCACCUCCAACUGCGUCAGCAAGCUCCUGGAGCGCUCCCGCAAGAUGGGCGGCCACCUGAAGGAGGUGCGGGAUCGCCUGGACAAGCAGGCCGUGCAGGUGAAGAAGCUGGAGGCCAACCACAGCCACCUGCUCAAGAGGAACCACUUCAAAGUCAUCAUUUCCCAGGAGGACAAUGAGAUCCCCACCAGUGUGUUGGUUAAGGAUUCCUUCAGGACCCCCCAACCAAGCCUGUAUGAUGCAGAAUCCACCCUGCCAAAUUUGUCGGUUGCCAGCUCUGUUGAUGGCAUCCAUACACAGGAUGAAUGUCUCCAGACCAUCAGCCUUUCGUCGGAUGACGAAGAGGAUCAGGGAAGCAUGCUCGAUUCAGGGGCUGCGGGUACUUCCCAACCGUUGGAGAGAAGGUCCGACAAGUUUAAGCGAUCCAGUCUGAAGAAGGUCGAUAGUAUUAAGAAGGCCUUCUCACGCCAGAGCAUCGAGAAAAAGAUGGCACAGAUCACCACCAAGAUUGUUCCCCCGGAAAAGCGGGACAAAAUCAUGAAGAGCCUCAGUCCGACACACUCCAAGAGUCCUACCAAAGGCACUUUAUAUAAGGGGUCUCCCAUAACAUUAAAUGCCAAGAAAACCACAGAUGGCGAGGGUCCCUCACAAGACCUGGCCUCAGGGGGAGAAGCACAUGUGGAGAUUCCUCCACUGGAAUGCUUAGAUAGAGAACCCCCUUUGGCUGAGGUGCACCCCCAGGAAGGUGUCACGCAGAAGAGUGGGGAAAUGCUGAAGCAGUCCAUCUCGGACACCAUGAAAGCAGAUCUGUCAAUCAAUGGAGAAGCACCAAGCAUCCAGUGCGAAUUAAACGGAAAUCGUUCGGCUGGUCUCGCAGUCCCAGAGCGUGAUGAUGAUGUUGGUGAGGAUGAAGAAGAGGAAGGAGAAGAAGACGACCACAAAAGCGAAGUCAAGACAGCAGUAAAUGUGCAGACUCCUACGACAACGGUUUCUGUGGAGCAAGCCUCUUAAUGUUUUAGGGUUGACCGUCACCCUUCUUCGAUAUUAGAUAUUCGCAUGUACACACAUUGAUACACAGUAGACAACAAUCCUUACUUUCAAAUUUGUUUGACUAUGGAUGUUCUCAUACAUCCAGGUCAUUGUAUUCUCAGCGCAUUCAAUUGAUCGCACCUCAACUGUUAGUUUAUUCUUGGAAGAGGUUUCGCCUCUCAUCCAACUAGGCUUCAUCAGUUCAUACCCCUAGCCUUAGGUUGGUCAGAACUAGUCUGACUAACCGAGAUCUGACCAACCUAAGUUUAAGACUAGAUCUGACCAAUCUAAGUCUAUGAGCAGGAACUGAUUAAACCUACUUGGAUGAGAGGCGAAGCAUCUUCUGAGACAGUCCAGUUGCAAUCAAUUGAAUGCUCUGGGAAUUCAAAGUUGUUUUUCUAUGGAUGUUCUCAUUCAUCCAGGUCAUUGUAUUCUCAAGGCAUUCAAUUGAUCGCAACUGGACUGUUUGGUUUCUCUUGGAAGUAUGCUUCAUCAGUUAAUGUUCAUAGAAUUAGAUUGGUGAGAUCUAGAUCUCACCAAUCUAUGAGCAUGAACUGAUGAAACCUUUGGAUGAGGGGCAAAGCAACUUCUAAGACAGUCCAGUUGCUAUCAGUUGCCCUGAGAAUUCAAAGUUGUUGUGUUCAAUAGUAGUCCAACAUUCCUGCAACAAUGCUUUUGACAAUCACCGGCGUGGUCUAAAGGACUUGACACAGACUGCAGUAACUUAGACGUCAUAAAACACUGCUCACAAUUUCAGUGGGAGCAUCUCCAGGGCAGUGAUCCAACUAUCUCCCUCUCGUCUGCCUCUCCUGUUGGAUGUGAAAAACAGCCUCUUUGUGCUCUUUCUCUUUUUUGAUUGUGAAAACGAGUAAAUCUUUGGCAACAACACGGCCUGUUGAGGUGACCGUGUUGCCAGGAUAUGCAAAAGCAGGAAUGGGGAGUUGGGGAGUUGACAUGUUUUAGAGUAGUUUUAUCAUGAACUACAAUAUAGAUGUUUUUCUGCACAGUUUCCAAAAUCAGGUUUGAAACCUUACUAAUCAUUUACUACGAUUCAUGUAUUUCACUGUCAUGUAAUCCAGGUAAAAUAAGUGUCUCGAAAUGUUUCCAUCUUGGGCCACAAACAGGAAAUUGUGCAUUAAAAAAAAAUCUGAUGUAGGUCAAUAUAUGCUAAGCUAAAUGAACAAAACAUCCAUAUUCGCUUUGUGUUACAGCUACAAAGCAAAUUAGUCAAAUAUAUCUAAUUAUUAAUUAAUUUACUUAUUUUUUUUCCGAAUAUGCAGAGUUAAUAAAUGAAUGAGUAAACAGGUAAGCGCUAGUCAGCCACAAAUAAAUUACAAAUAGUAGGUAAGAUACAUGCUUUGGCUCUGGGGUCACACUUAAGUCUUAUGUUUGAUUCAAAAAAUGUUUUCUAAUAAUAACAUCCAGUCACUUAUUAAUUGCAAAAAAAUUAUGCAAAAAGAUGUAUGUAAUGUGUUAAGGAAAAUCGGAAAAAAUUAAAGGGAAUGUUAAUUUGAGGCUCCGUUUUAGACUUAUUUGUUUAUAAGAAUGUAGUUGAAAUCCUCAUGAACUCCUUCGCCAUUGUUUUUUCUGGGCAUUCACACUAUACGUUUAUCUACAGAAUUUACUUGUCCAUGUAGGGCGUUUUCUGAUGUUUUGCAGCAUACAAAAGUAUAAGUUCGUCGACUUCUUUGGGAUGGUGUACUGUAUGUGAUGGAUGAAUGAUUUUUUUGCUACGUGGUGGUUCUAAGGCAUCCAAAUUAAUUUUUUUGUGAUACUCCUGACAUCUACCUUAUUGUUUACAAUCACUAGGACUCCCUGUUGCUCUGUGACAUGCACUUGCAUUCUCAUAACUGCCUUUGACUUGCACAUGAUAUGAAUAAAUGCACUCCGGAAAGAAUACAUUUCAUCUAUUCAUGGUGGUUCGCCACAAAUAUAUGAAUGGAUGGGAAACACCGAUAAAUGCUACAGGCUAUAUGGAUCAAGUUGGAAGGAUUGUACACAAAAGUUGUCUACCAUAUAUGGGAAAGCAACUGGGUUCAAAUGAAAAAUUGUGGGUAAUGCAUCAUAUUUAUGCAAAAAAUUGGCAAACUAAGCGUGUCGGUUUUUAAACAAUUAUUCCCUAGAAUUUCAUGAGGCAAUCCCUUAACAAUGACAAACAGUCAGGAGUAACCGUCAUAUUUUAUUGAGGAAGUCCAGUUGAAAGUCACAGUGCAUGUCAUAUAACAGGAAUACAUUCAAGUCUCCCAACCCAGGGUGUAAUAAGUCCACUAUUUUCCAGAAAUCCACUGGCUUAGGCUGUAGCUUCCUGCAAGUCUAAUAGAUGGACUGGCUUUUAACUGUCUCUAGAGCAGGGGUGUCCAAACUGAAACUGGGGGCCUUUUUUGAUAUUUUUCAUUGUCAAAACCAACACACUCUUAUUUUGGAUACCAUUAGGGCUCGACUAAAUUUUGGUGAACGUUAAAGGUCCCAGGGGGGCCCAAAAUAAUCAGUCAUUAUAGUGUUAAAAGUAAGUUAUAUAAUAAUUUUUCAUUUGACUUUCAACGCUUAAAUAUCUAUAGAUCAACUUCAGAUCCAUGUUUAUACAUUUAUUUCAUGUUUGCGCCCCUUUUUCCCCAAAGAAAACCCUGUUAAUUUUUCAUAUUUAGUUUUUUAUCCAAUAAAAACUAUCGACUUGUCCAGGGUGUACACUGCCUUCCGCCUGAUUGUAGCUGAGAUAGGCGGGUGGUGACUUGUUCAGGGUGUACCCUGCCUUCCGCCCGAUUGUAGCUGAGAUAGGUGGGUGGUGACUUGUCCAGGGUGCACCCUGCCUUCCGCCCGAUUGUAGCUGAGACAGGCGCCAGCGCCCCCCGCGACCCCAAAAGGGAAUAAGCGGUAGAAAGUGGAUGGAUGGAUGAAAAAUUAUCCCCAAAACAUUUUUCGAAUUGGAAUAUUUGAUGUGAAGUAAUUGGAGCCUUGAAUAGGUAAACAAUUCGUAAUAUUUUGUUUUAUUAUUAUAUUUAACAAUGACAGUUUCAAAUAAAAUCAGACUGAAGGGUCUUGUGGAUCCAAUCAAUGCUUAUAUCAGUGGUCCCCAAACUAUGGCCCGCGGGCCAGAUACGGCCCGCCAGUGUCUAAAAUCAGACCCGUGAGUCUCAAGUAAAAAACAUUUUUUUUUAAUUAUAAUUUUUUUAAAUCUGUCAUUUCGAGCCCAUCUAUCAAUCUAUUUUCUACCGUUUGUUACUCUCGGGGUCUACUAAAUAUCAUAUUGUCCAAAAAUGCAUUUUCCCAUCGAUAACGCAAACCGUUAUCAGUCAAUUAGUGCACGAGGGGGAAAAAAAUGGCGAAAUUGUUGUGAAAACAUGAAAUACACUCAGAGUAUAGAGUUUUUAAACAUCAGUGGACAUAUGACUUUUUUUGUUGUUUUUGUUCAGUGUAAGGAAAAGGCAGUUUGUCUAAUCUGCAAUAUACAUAUAUACAUACUGUAUAUAUAUAUGUAUGUAUGUAUAUAUAUAUAUAUAUAUAUAUAUAUAUAUAUAUAUAUAUAUAUAUAUAUAUAUAUAUAUAUAUAUAUAUAUAUAUAUAUUUAUAGUCGAGGUUUCUGUGGUUUAUCCAUUAUACAGUGCUCAAUACCGGGGUAGAGUGGAAUAUACAUGUGUGUGUGUGUGUGUGUGUGUGUGUGUAUAUAUAUAUAUAUAUAUAUAUAUAUAUAUAUAUAUAUAUAUUCAAUCCUC